GCCUUGAAAAUGAACAAGUUUAACCAUAUGAUCUUCUCUUUCUUUGCAUUAACCUUUUUAUUUAUGCUGAAGAAAACAGCAGCAGAGGGAGUCCAUGCAAAAGGCAUCAAUAUUGGAGCUAUUAUCGAUAUGAGUUCACGUAUUGGUAAAGAGCAGAGAGUUGCCAUGGAAAUUGCAAUGGAGGAUUUCUAUGGCACCGGCAAUCAGACCUUGGUUCUUCACAUUAGAGAUUCUCAAAGGGAUCCUGUCUGUGCAGCUGUUGCAGCAAUGGAUCUCAUCAACAAUCAACAAGUACAAGCCAUUUUAGGACCACAGACGUGGGAAGAGGCGUUAUCAGUCGCUGAGAUCAGUAGCCAAACUCAGGUUCCAAUUCUUUCUUUGUCUGACACCACUCCCAAAUGGGCAACAGAGCGAUGGCCUUACCUGCUUCAAGCUUCACCUAGCAAGCAAGAGCAAAUGAAAGCCAUUGCAGCUAUUGUGCAAUCAGGGAAUUGGCAUCAGGUCACUGUAAUAUACGAAGGUACGGAUUCAGCAGCUAUUGCAGUCACACCAUAUCUCUUUAAUGCCCUGAGAGAUGCAGGAGUAGGAGUCAUCCAAGGUCUAAUCCUCCCUACUUUUGCUUCUGCCAUUACGUUGUCUGAAGAGCUCGAAAAACUUAAAAGUGAGCAGAGCAGAGUCUUUGUUGUUCAUUUGUCCUUCCCUUUGGCCGUGCGACUAUUUGAAAAGGCAAAGAAAAUGAAAAUGAUGGAAAAAGACUAUGUAUGGAUCACUACAAAUCCCGUUACAAGCCUUGUUCACUCCAAUGCCUCUAUUAUCUCCUCGUCAAUGCAGGGAAUAAUAGGGGUCAAGAGUUAUUUCCCUGAAAGAGGGCACCUUUUUCAUGAGAUUCGUCAAAGAUUUCGAAGGAAAUUUAGCAUAGAAAAUCCUAUAGAUGACAACAAUGAACCUGGAAUUUAUGCAGCAGAGGCCUAUGAUGCAGUUUGGACAAUGGCUGUAGCGGUCAAUGGAAGUAACCGAGUAGGUCAAGAGUUGUUAGAAACAAUUUUGCAAGUGGACUUCCAUGGUCUAUCAGGAAACGUUCAAUUCGUCAAAUUCAUCAACGAAAGAGCUCCAGCUAACAGAUUUCAUAUCAAUAUAAUUGGAAAGAGUUACAAGGAAAUUGGGUUUUGGUCAAAAGGAUUAGGCUUCUCUAAGACUAUCCAUGAAAAUUCUAUUUACAGCUCUUGUAUGACUGUUUUGGAGCAAGCGCUUUGGCCAGAGGGGCCGUGGCAUACUUCAAGAGGAUGGACUCUUGCAACGAGUGCAAACCCAUGGCGAAUUGGUGUGCCUGGCGAAUCAGGUUAUAGAGAGUUUGUGCAUGUGGAAUAUGAUCACUGGGGAAAUAGUGUUGCUUUUUCUGGAUUUGCAAUCGAGGUUUUCAAAGAAACUAUAAGACGCUUGCCGUUCAUUUUGCCAUACGAGUUCAUUGCAUUCAAAAACACUUCUUAUGAUGAGCUAGUAAAACAAAUCCUUCUCAAGCAGAAGUAUGAUGCAGUAGUUGGUGAUGUGGUAAUAUUGGCUAGCAGAUACCAGCUCGCAGAAUUCACAAAGCCUUACACGGAAACAGGAUUGAUGCUGAUAGUCCCUGCUCAAUCAGGCAAUAGAGAAUUGUCAUUCAUCAGACCCUUCACAAAAUCCAUGUGGGUUCUAAUUGCAGUCAUAACUGUCUACAAUGGUUUUAUAAUUUGGUUGAUAGAGCGAAAUCAUUGCCCUUCACUCAAGGGUUCUAUGCUGCAUCAAAUAGGAAUAAUGCUUUGGUUAGCCUUCAACACUCUUUUCUCGUUACAUGGGGGGAAAAUGCAUAGCAAUCUAUCCAGGAUGUCGAUGGUAGUCUGGCUAUUCGUGGCGCUAGUAAUCACAGAGACUUACACAGCUAACCUUUCGAGUAUGCUUACUGUCCAGAAGCUUGAUGGUGCUGCUCCUAAUGUUGAGGCCCUGCUAAAUAGCAAUGCAGUUGUUGGAUAUUGCACAGGCUCCUACCUGCAAAAUUAUUUGGUGGAUGUUUUACGUUUCAAGACGCAAAACAUCAGGAAUUAUACCACACUGGAAGCUUAUGCUCAAGCAUUCAAGAACAAAGAAAUUGCUGCUGUCUUUCUUGAAGUUCCUCUGGCCAAAUUAUUCCUUGCAAAGUACUGCCGCCGCUUUGUCUCAGUAGGGCCAACGUACAAAGUCGGAGGGUUUGGAUUUGCAUUUCCUCGUGGAUCUCCAUUACUUCCUAGCAUCGACGAAGCUCUACUGAAAGUAUCUGAAAAUGGAACUCUGCUGGAACUAGAGAACAGACUCAUUAAGCCAGGAAAUUGCCCAGAUGUGGAAGAUGAAAAGCAUAGCCUUAGCCCCAGCAGCUUUGGGACACUCUUCAUAAUAACCACCGGCACAUCAACAAUCUCCCUCGCAAUCUACAUUUUCUCGAGAGGCAAUCCCAUGCUCGGAUACACAACAAUAUGGAGACUUAUGUUGGCUGCAAUAAGAUUUUGGGUCUGUCAAAGGCAGAUCACUAGAAGAUCAAGCAAUGCUGAGAAUUCUGUUAAUAAUUUGGCUCCGCAGGCAUCUGGCAUGCAAUCUCUUGUAUGAUUUAUAUAAACCCAAAAGUUGGGGCUUAAUCUACACGUCUCAAUUAUUCAAAAUUGCUCCUAUAUUAGUAAUUUGUUCAAUAACACUCUGUAUUUAUAAAAUUGGC